AUGAGAAUUAUCUUAGCCUUAGUUUUCUGUUUCUUAAUCGUCAACUGUAUUUCAGCUGCUCGUGUUUUCUCACAAAAACAAUACCAAACUGCUUUCCAAAACUGGAUGGUUAAACACCAAAAAUCAUACACCAAUGACGAAUUCGGUUCAAGAUACACUAUUUUCCAAGAUAACAUGGAUUUCGUCACCAAAUGGAAUCAAAAAGGUUCAGACACCAUCCUCGGUUUAAAUUCUAUGGCCGAUUUAACUAACCAAGAAUACCAAAGAAUCUAUCUUGGUACCAAAACCACUGUUAAAAAACCAAAUCUUAUUAUUGGUGUUACCGAUGUUUCAAAAGCCCCAGCUUCAGUCGAUUGGAGAGCCAACGGUGCCGUUACUGCUGUUAAAAAUCAAGGUCAAUGUGGUGGUUGUUAUUCAUUCUCUACUACUGGUUCAGUUGAAGGUAUUCACGAAAUUACUUCUAAACAAUUAGUUUCCUUAUCAGAACAACAAAUUUUAGAUUGUUCAGGUUCAGAAGGUAACAAUGGUUGUGAUGGUGGUUUAAUGACCAACUCAUUCGAAUACAUCAUUGCUGUUGGUGGUCUCGAUACCGAAGCUUCAUACCCAUACGAAGGUGUUGUUGGUAAAUGUAAAUUCAACAAAGCAAAUAUCGGUGCUACCAUCACUGGUUACAAAAACGUUAAAUCAGGUAGUGAAUCAGAUCUCCAAACUGCCGUUGCUGCUCAACCAGUUUCAGUUGCUAUCGAUGCUUCACAAAACUCCUUCCAAUUAUACUCAUCAGGUGUUUACUAUGAACCAGCUUGUUCAUCAACUCAAUUAGAUCACGGUGUCUUAGCUGUUGGUUAUGGUUCACAAUCAGGUCAAGACUACUGGAUCGUUAAAAACUCAUGGGGUGCUGAUUGGGGUGAAAAAGGUUUCAUUUUAAUGGCCAGAAACAAACAUAACAACUGUGGUAUUGCUACCAUGGCCAGUUACCCAACCGCCUAA